AUGAAGCAGAUGCCCUACUAUGAGCGCGACGUGGACUUUGACGACCUCGCAAAACGAGACCCAAACUUCGCCGCCAUCUCCAAACAAGGCAAACAGAAGGCGUUCAUCGACUUCCAGAAUCCAAAGAUUGUACAGUUCGUAAAAAACACGACCAAACACUGUUCUUGCGACAUCACGUUAACUUCUAUUAUAGACAGCUCACCAAGUCUCUACUCAAAUGCGACUUCAACCUCCAAGUCGAACUUCCAGAUGAUCGACUCUGUCCUCCCGUGCCCGUGAGAUGGAACUACGUCCGCUGGAUCCAGGAUCUUCUCGCUACCACUUCGGACGACUAUACCGAGAACUCUGAUCCGGCGCGGGAAGUACUAGGGCUGGAUAUCGGCGUUGGAGCAAGCUGUAUUUACGGGCUGUUGGCUUGCUCGACGCGAGAGAACUGGCGGAUGGCGGGGACGGAUAUUGACGGGACGUCGGUUGAAUGGGCGAGGAAGAACGUGAAGGCAAACGACCUGGAAGAGAGAAUUCGAGUGAAGCAGGUUGCCAAUGACGAUCCGAUUAUUCCCAUUGAUAAUCUGGGUGUUGAAGAGAUGGAUUUUGUCAUGACGAAUCCACCUUUCUACGCGGAUCGGGAGGAUUUCGAAAGGGCGGCGCACUUCGACUUCACGGAGUCGAGUGAGAAGCAGCCCUCAGCUGUUCUCACCGGUUCGCAGAACGAGAUGAUUGCUUCCGGAGGCGACGUCGGCUUUGUCAUGCGGAUAUUCCGGGAAUCUCUGCGACUGCGUCAGCGCGUGGGAUGGUACACGGCCAUGCUGUCGAAGCUCUCAUCUCUUCAACAGAUUCUCGCCAAGAUCAAGGAGCACGGGAUCUCGAAUUUCGCCGUGACUUCGCUGCAUCCUGGGCACAGAACGAAGCGAUGGGCGAUCGGAUGGAGUUUCCGGGAUCUGAGGCCGAGGAAUGAUGUGGGGAGACAUGGGGAUUUGGUGCUGAGUAUACUGCCGCCUGUGACGGCGCAGACGGUCAAGGUGACUGGGAAGGAUGUGAGGUGGUGUACGAAGAAGGUGGAUGAGGUUAUGAAAGGGUUGAAUGUCUUGAGGUGGGAAUGGAGUGGACUGAGAGAGGAGGGGGUAAUGGAGUGCAAGGGGAAUGUCUGGAGCCGGGCAGCCAGGAGGAAGAAGAAGCCCAUUGCAGGCGAGACGGAGAUUGACGCGGACGGAGAGGAGGCUGAGGUGGCGUUGGCGGUGAAGAUCAUGUGCCGGAAGGACGAAGAGGUGGAAGUACGAUGGUUGAGGGGACAAGAGUACGUGCUUUUUCAGAGUUUCUGUGGGAUGUUGAAGCGCACAAUCAAUGAGAAGACAUGA